UCUCUCUCCUCUUCCAUGUUCUCUUCUCUUCUCGAUGCAACCCAUGCCAAGGCACAUACCACCCACCCCAGCUCGCACCAACACAAACAUCUAAAGAAACUCCCCACCAACAUUAAACUACUCCAUGUUUUCCUCAUCCACACAUCUCUCUGUCCCUCCAAGAGCAGGUCAGGCUUCUCUUUCUCCUCCUGGUGAGUGGCAACAUUUUCUUGCUCCCAUUCCGUGUAAAUCAAAAGAGGAGGAAAAGUACAGACACACGUUACUGACUUCUCCUGCUCAUAGAUCAGCAUAAGAGCGAUGGAGCUGAGAGCUCCUUCUGUUUCGUGUAGAUGUUCAUUAAGGUCCUUCUUGCAUCCUUCCUUCUUCGCGAUGUAGGUCAAACUUGUUUCCUGCUUCCUCGAUCAUAUAUGUCUCCGAUGCUAUAUGCUUGUAGGAGAAGGAAGAGAGAGACCUGAAGCCAGAAGCUCUAGUGCUUUAGACCGAGAAGCUGGCGAACCCUUGGUGGGCAGGUAACCUCGGUCUUCCCGGAGCCGAACCGGCAUCCACCGGCCCCAAGAAGCUUGGUGAUGGGAUGCCCUCUAAGGCGCCCGAGGUCUUCUCCCAAGCCGACGACGAAGACGACCGACACAACGACGACGACCCCAGAGAAGGAGCGGUGGAGGUCGGCAGCCGUCGCCCUCGCGGGCGGCCCCCUGGAUCGAAGAACAAGCCAAAGGCCCCCAUUUUCAUCACCCGCGACAGCCCCAACGUGCUCCGGAGCCACGUGAUGGAGGUCGCGGGCGGCGCCGACGUAGCCGAGUGCAUCGCGCAGUUCGCACGCCGCCGGCAGUGCGGCGUCAGCGUGCUCAGCGGCGUCGGUACAGUCGCCAACGUCACCCUUCGACAGCCAGCUGCACCCGGCGCCGUCGUCACCAUGCACGGCCGCUUCGAGAUCCUGUCGCUGACUGGCACGUUCCUGCCCGGUCCGGCCCUGCCGGGUUCCACCGGCCUGACCGUCUACCUCGCCGGCGAACAGUGCCAGGUGUUGGGGGGCAGCGUCGUGGGGUCGCUCCUCGCCACGGGACCCGUCAUGGUAGUCGCCACGACGUUUGGUAAUGCCACCUACGAGAGGCUGCCACUCGAGGGGGAAGAGGAGGUCGAGGAGGAGGAAGCAGGCAGCGGCGGGGGAUUACUGGAUCCCUCGUUGCUGAGCAUGUACAACCUGCCGCCGAAUCUAAUACCCGACGGCGGGCAGCUUGCUCACGACGCGAUCGCACGUGCGCAUGCGCGCCGGCCGCCAUACUAGUUAAAGAGAAACCGAUGCGAAACGAGGACGAAGGCAAAACCUUCUCCGUGUUACCAUGCAUGGUUUUGGUGAACACUUAUCGGUGUCCUUUUUUAGCUUAACAUAGCAUACAAUUAUGUUGCACAAUAAUCAAAGAUCAGAAACUUUGAGUUUGGGAAAGCAGCUGCUUCAAGGCUGUCUCAAGCAAGAUAUGCAAAGACGAACCUUCCAAAGCUUCUGCGAGUGUUGCAUGAAGUGUUCUACAUGAAACUCUGUUGAUUCUUAUAAUUCUCUUCUUAUGUU